AGUGUAAGGAGGGGAAGAAAAACAAUCUGACUUUGUCUUUUCUCUCUCUUAUAGAAAGUGGUGGAAGAGAAGAGAAGAUGCCGAGGCCAGGGCCAAGACCGUACGACUGUAUCAGAAGAGCUUGGCAUAGUGACACACACCAACCCAUGAGGGGUUUGCUCAUCCAAGAGAUUUUCAGGAUUGUUUGUGAGAUUCACAGCCAAUCCACCAAGAAGAACACUGAAUGGCAAGAGAAGCUCCCUGUGGUUGUCUUGAGAGCUGAAGAAAUCAUCUAUUCCAAAGCCAAUUCUGAGGCUGAGUAUAUGGACAUGAAUACACUUUUAAACCGUGCCAACGACGCUAUUAACACCAUAAUCCGACUGGAUGAAACCACUGAAACUGGAGAAUAUCUUCAGCCUUGUAUUGAAGCUGCUUUGCAUUUAGGCUGCACGCCAAGAAGAGCUUCAAGAAGCCAAAGGAACAUAAACCCCAGAUGUUAUCUUAGCCAGGACUCAACUAACUUAGACAACGUCAUUUCGCCGCAAUACCAAGUCUUCAUGAAACAGAACAACUUUGCUCCAAAGACUCUUCCGGUUAUGACUUUUCACAGCGAUGUUCCGGUCAAGAAAUGCCCUGUCUCCAAGUACUCAAGCUACCCUUUAUGCUAUUCACUCAGAGUUCCUUCUUUGCCAGUCAAUGUCACUGACUCGUGCAAGUCCAACAAGAAGAUCAGACCUGUGAGUGUGAAAGAUGCAACUAAUGGCAUUGCCUUUGGUGGUUGUGAUUUAUCUCUGCGCUUAGGCCCUCUUGGAGAUGAUAUCAGAUCUCCUUCUCAAAAAAUGGAGUAAGUUAAGCAGCAACAACAACAAGAGCUGAUAAUUCAGAACAGAAUUGGGGUUUUGACUAUAGAGAGACUUGUGUAAUAGAAUGGGUUUUAGUUAGCUCAUUUAGUUCAUCUUUAGGUCUUAGUUGUCGUUAGAUGUAAAUAGAGAGAGUGAUGAGGAAAACAGAUCAGUCUUCUUCUUGUCUUGCAUCAAUCUAGAAUCUUCAAACUUCAUGUACUUUAAUUUAAAAGCAAGAUUUUGAAAA